AUGUCUCCCGAUAACCCCAACUUCAAUCGCUGGGUAGCCAGUCAAAAGCCCCGCGCUCAUACUAUGUAUGAUGCACCAGCCUUCUAUCGCAACCUGGAGCAAGCUCUCGAUGUUCGAAGAGAGAUUCAAGAUCUACACACUCUAGUUAAAAACACAUGGGCCAAUGGAGAAACCAUAGAUUUCUUCUCCAACGAUUCUCUUUCCUUUGGUGCCAGCGGAAGAUUACGCAAGGCUUUUGAUGAAGAAUUAGCUCGAAAUCCGAAUGUACAACUGGGAGCUGGAGGUUCUCGCUUAGCGGAUGGUAAUUAUGAUUAUAUUGAAACAGUGGAGCAGGAAAUUGCCGAUUAUCAUGGCGUCGAAGCGGCGCUUAUUGUAGGCUCGGGGUGUAAUGCUAAUUGCGCGACUUUUGAAGCGAUUCCACAACCCGGAGAUGCUAUUGUUUAUGAUGAGUUUGUUCAUCCAAGUAUUAUGGAUGGGAUAUCGCGGUCGCUUGCUACUACGCAAGUGUCUUUCGCUCACAACGACGUCGAUGCAUUUCGUCAAGCUUUAGCAUUCUUGUCGGAUUCACAAUCCCUUAUCAAACAGGGAAAGAAGUGUGUUCUUAUUGUCGUGGAGAGUUUCUAUAGUAUUGAAGGGGAUAUGUCUCCCCUGAAAGAACUAGUGCAGGUAGCAAAAAAGAUAUUUCCACACGGUAAUGCACAGUUUAUUGUUGACGAAGCGCAUAGUAUGGGGGUGGUGGGUGAGAGAGGAUUAGGAUAUGUAAAUGCCUUGAAACUGGAUUCGGAAAUCGCUAUCAGAACUCAUACAUUCGGUAAAGCGUUCGGCUCAAUAGGAGGUGUGAUACUCGGUAGCCACACUAUCAAGAACGCAUUGGUGAACUUUUCUCGUUCGACGGUGAUUACUGCAGGACCGGCUUUCCAUCAAGUUGCUGCGAUUCGAGCUGGAUACUCUUUACUUCCACAACCUGAGACUGAAGCAGGACGAUCCAACAUUCAACACCUCGUAAUACACUUCUUCCAAAAAAUAACCUCGCAUCCCAUCUGGCCCCUCGCCAACGAACUCGGAAUAAUCUCAGUCCCCCUAUGCGAUUCCUGGGAAAAACGCGCGUUUCAGACACAGUUGAUUCCGCUCUGGACGCGAGAUGUACAUGGGAAAGAAUUGGCGUUUUAUCUAGAGGAGAAUGGGUUUGCGGUGUUUCCGGUGAGGUAUAAGGUUAAGGAUGGGAUGGCAAAAUUGAGGAUUAUUGUGCAUGCGGGACAGACGGGGGAGGAGGUGGAGGUUUAG